AUGGAGGUCGUGGGGGCCGAAGGGCCAGGCCCAUUGCGCUUUGCAGCGCGGCACCGGCCCGCGCCUUCCAGCUGCCAGAUCCGGGACCCUCCCAUUGCCCUUUGGGACAUUGAGACAGGACAGCAGACGGUGGGUUUUGCCGGACACAGUGGAGAUGUGAUGUCCCUGUCGCUGGCCCCUGAUGGCCGCACCUUUGUGUCAGGUGCCUGUGACGCCUCCAUCAAGCUGUGGGACGUUCGGGAUUCUAUGUGCCGACAGACCUUCAUUGGCCACGAAUCAGACAUCAAUGCCGUGGCUUUCUUCCCCAAUGGCUACGCCUUCACCACGGGCUCUGAUGAUGCCACGUGCCGCCUCUUUGACCUGCGGGCCGACCAGGAGCUCCUCAUGUACUCCCACGACAACAUCAUCUGCGGCAUCACCUCUGUUGCCUUCUCCCGCAGCGGCCGGCUGCUGCUCGCUGGCUACGACGACUUCAACUGCAACAUCUGGGACGCCAUGAAGGGUGAUCGUGCAGGUGUCCUUGCUGGCCACGACAACCGCGUGAGCUGCCUUGGGGUCACUGAUGAUGGCAUGGCUGUGGCCACAGGCUCCUGGGACUCCUUCCUCAAGAUCUGGAACUAACAGCUGCCACCCCACUGAGCCCAGGCCAGGAGGGGCCCUGCCCAUGCCCACACUACAGACCGGGAGCUUUGGGGCUGGGUGCACACCAAGCCCCCCUCCCUGGGCCACCGGGCCUUGGGUCCCUGCUCCCCUACCCAGGUUUGGUUCCUCCCGGGGGCCCCCACUGUGGAGAUGAAGAUGGGAUAGAAUGGGGGGAGAGGAGGGGCAGAAAGCCCUCAUCCUUUUGCUGCCCUGGGGUUGGGGCCUCAUCCCUCUGGAGGGCCAGAGGCAGGAGGUAGAAACUCCAGGGGCUGGCUUUUUUAAAACUGGUUUUAUUUUAAUUUUUAUUAUAUUUUCAGUUUUUCCAUAAAGGAACCAAUUC